CGAAAGCCUCUUUUAAAGCUCACGCAGACCACCCCGCCCACCUUCGUCGUCCUCCUCGAUCCUACCCCACGCGCCCUCGGUUUUCUUCAUCCAACCCCCCCCCCCCUCUCUCUCUCUCUCUCUGGCCGCAAUGGCCCAGCCGAGGUUUCUCGCUCUUCUCCUGGUCAUGGCCCUCCUCGCGCUCUCCUUCUCGCAAGGGGUGGUGGUGGAAGGGCGGAAGGUGCAGGUGAUGCGGGCGGUGCGGCGCUACGGGCGGCGUCAGUGGCGCUCGCCCCUCCUCGGCCGCCGCCUGCUGCCGCAGCGGGAGGAGGCGACGGCGUACACGUUGAUGGACUACGGGCCCCCGACGGCCAACACCAACACCCACGGCGGCAUGGUCCCGUCGCAGGACCCCACCUCGCCGCCGACCCACUGAUCGAUCCAUCCAUCGCCUGCUUACCGAUCUGCGUAGGUAAGCGUACAUGUACGUUCGUAUGGUCGUUAAUAUGGUGAUUGUGGUACAUGCAUGCAGAAGCAGAUGAGGGAUCACAAUAAGGUGUUCUUCUCCCUUUGGCGCGCAUGCGGUGUACGUACGUGUACCGUAUACAAGUACGUAUCCGUGCGUACUGUAGCUACCGGCGAGCUCGAAUGGGCUAGCACUCUAGCUAGAGUGGUGUGUUGAUGUGCUUGGUGAGAUGGAAACGUAAACCAUUUCAUUCCUGAUCACCCUUGUUCGUUCGUUUGUUUGGAAAAUUCCAAGUACCUGAUGAUGUGUUGGAUUUUCCCCCUUUGUACAACCGAUCGAUGAAUAUAUCUUUUGGAAUAUAAAUUCGUUAAUAAGCA